UUUCAGCUGGUAAAUAUUAACUCGUUCAAUUAACUGGUGCAGCAUUUAAAACUGGUUUUUCGAUUUUCACUUUAAUCGUAAAACGUAACUGAGCGGCUUUUUGCCUUUGGUAAAGUUUCAGCAACACCAACAACAACACAUUAACUACAGCAGCUACAACCACAGCUAUUCAAAACCGCAUUAAGAUGUAUCUGUCACACCAUUUAUUGAAUGCGCUCGCAUUUAUCUGCUUGAGUGCUAUGUUCUGGCCUCAAAGCUGUGCUGAUGUGCUGGACACCCACCCCAUCAACAACCUGUACAACAAUUUACUGCAGCGUGAAUAUGCCGGCCCGGUUGUUUUUCCUAACCAUCAGGUCGAACGCAAAGCUCAGCGUUCGCCUUCACUGCGACUACGGUUUGGUCGCCGCAGCGAUCCGGAUAUGUUUUUGCCCGCCGAGAAACGUUGGUUUGGCGAUGUGAAUCAAAAACCUAUACGUUCACCAUCCCUACGUUUACGUUUUGGUCGUCGCAGUGACCCCAGCAUGCCACUUCACAGCGAAUUAGAUGCUCUAAUGAAUGAUUUAGCCGGUGUGAGCAGCAAUGGCGGCAUUCCUACUGAUGUAGAUGACUCAGUCGUAUAUUUCGCUGAUGAAUAUCCAGAGGAUAUUUUGGACGGUAAUUUUGAGCGCGUGGCGCGCAAACCACAACGUUUACGUUUCGGGCGCAGCUUACCAAGAAUGCAGAACAAUUUGGAUGAGGAAUUAGAGACCGCCCGCGAACAACGUCAACAAACCGAGGACUUCUUCAACUCCCUUCUAACUUCGGAAAAAUUACACAACAUGUUGCUCUCACUCUCACAAUAUGAUGCCGAACCCUUAUCUGCUGAUGUUAUGGCUCUUGCCAAUAACGAUGACGCAUUCCAGCGCGAAGUACGCAAGCCAGCACCUCUGCGUUUGCGAUUCGGUCGCAGCACUGGCGGCAAUACCGAAGGACAAAAGAAGGUCACUGCACAAAAUGCCGUUAAUGUGGACAAAAACGCGGAAGUUGCAACGCAGCAAGCACCAGCACAAGCUAAGAAUUAAAUUUAGAAAGUUUUAAGCCCACAACUACUUGCAAUGCAACAAUUUUUAUGCAACAAUUGGCGACUAAGCAAAAGGCAAAUGCAGGCAGAAUACUGAUGUUGGAUGAAUUCUAUGGAAAAGAAGUUUAAAAAUAUCUCUUAAUUUAAAAUAUAUACCCCAGAAAAAAACGUGCGAAAUAUUAUUAUAACCUAACCCUGUAAACAUGCGAGCAUACCCACACACUUUAAAAGAAUAAAAUAUUUAAAAAACAAUUUUUCAUGUUUGCUUCAAAAUUUGUUUAUGUUUUCAUAAGCCGUUAGGCAGUGCCACCAACUCGUAUGUUUUUAUUGUUAACAGUUUUCCAAUACCUACCUUGAUCUAACAAAUAGACGGUUGUUUGAAAUUAUAACAUUUAAUAUUUAAUAAAUUGAAAAAUGCAAUGUUUGAAAAAGAAACUUGUUUUAAAAUACUUUAUUUGAAUACAAAUUUUUCUGCCAUAUUUUUUUCGAGAACAGUUUAUUUGAUAUUUCUCGUUUUUUUAAUUUUCAAAGAUUCUUUUGAAUUUUUAUUUUUAUUGAAAAGUUUUGCCUCAACUAACCUAUUUUAUAUUUUUCAUAUAAUGAAAAACGACUUUGAUGUUUGGUUUUUUAAGUUUUUUUUAAGUAUUAUUAAAUUAGUAUAUUCAAAUUUAAAAAAAAAAAAUAUUUCGGCAACAUAUAAUUCUUUUUUUAUUUUUGUUUUUUACAGAUUUUUUGGAACUUUUAUUUCCAUUUCAAAAGUAUGUUUUAAAAAAAGCUAAGGUACAAUAAUUCGGGACAAAAUAAUUUUCCUAACAUAUUUUUUUAUAUUUUCCAUUUUCAAAAUUUUGUUACAAUUUUCAUUUUUAUUUAAAAACUUUGCAUA